CUCCCACGUGUCGCACUUCACCCGUGACACCUAACAAACUCGAACCCUCUCAGCUGGACCACGCUCUCUGAAAAUUGAAGCCCUAGAAAUUAGUCUCUUCUCACCCAAAUUUCCCUCCAUGAAAUGGGACAUGGAAAUCGAAGAAAUUGAGGCGGUGCUCGAGAAGAUUUGGGACCUGCACGAUAAGAUCAGCGACGCCAUCCACUCAAUUUCGAGAGCUCACUUCCUCAGCUCUGUCAAUGCCCUGAGAAGUUCCGACAAGAAGAAGCCGCACGCCAACGACGUCGCUGUUGAUGAGAACCGGACCGGCUACGUCUACGUGAAGGACUUCCGACUCGACCACGACGAUGACUCGGCGAUUCGGGAGGCCAAGAGCCUCAAUGCGAUUCGGACCGCGCUCGAGAACCUGGAGGACCAGCUCGAGUUUUUCCAUGUAAGUUCAUGGCUUUCUAGGGCUUGUCUUGUUAGUUUCUGUUUGCUUACUUGAAAACCGUAGGAAAUUAGAAGAAUAAGCGACGAAAUGUUUGAUUGCGUCUAGUCGUUUGAGCUGUAUUAAUUAUAGAAAUUAGACAAGUCGAUAUAUAAAUGCUUACAUAAAAUAAUGGCUCAUUCGGAUUUCAAUAUUUUAAGAUAUUUGUUAGAUUUUUUGGUGGUGGUACGUGUAAUUUGGUUAGUUUCUGUUUGGUUGCUGGGAAAAUGAAAGAGAUGAAAAAUUAGUAAGCAAAAUUAAUGUGUAAUAUAUGGUUUAUGCAGUUGCAGUAUCUGAAAUUCUGUACUAAGUAGCUAAGUGCUUAUGUAGUAUGAAAACUGUUCAGCUUGGGUUCCUUCUUUCUAUGGAAUAUAAAUUUGUGCAUAGAGCAUUAAAAAGCAUAACACUAGUGCAGAGGCAAAUGUAAUUCCAAAUAUGAUCGGUGGAGAUUAGAGACACGUAGGUUUGUUAAUGUUUUCCAUAGAGCAAAAGAGAUUAUGAUAAGUAAGGGAUAAAAAAAAUGGUGAUGAAGAUUGCUGACCAUUAGGUGGCUUCUCUG